GACGGACGUUUCUGCGGGAAUUCUGUAGGAUGGUGUUUUCUGUUGGACUGUGUUUGUGUUUGCUUGGACGUACUGCCCAGCAGCUCUGUGUACUUACGGGCUGCUGGGUUCAUGUUCUUCACUGUUUCCCAGUGAGGCUGAGAGUGGGUGGGUUUAUCCUGUAAGUGACUGGAGGUGAGAGGCUGGAGCGACGUGGGUUGGUAUGUUAGAGACUGUGUCGACAAACACUGAUGGAUAUGCUGAGACUGAGUGACACACUGUCUAAUAGUGAUUAGCUGGCUGUGAGUGAUGACAUUAAGUGAUUGACAAGCUGAAUGAAGGUUUGAAACACCGAUUGGCUGACACUGAGUGAUUGAGAGUCUGGGUGACGCACUGAUUGGCCGACACUAAGUGAUUGACGGCCUGAAACACCAAUGGGCUAACACUGAGUGGCUGAGGGUCUGACUGACACACUGAUUGGCUGACACUGAGUGAUUGACAGUGGUGCAGACUGGCAGACAGUGGCGCUCAGAGUGACCAGCACUGACCCUGACAGAUGAACUGUGCGUUGUACAUGCAACUACACAACACUUCUAGCUUCACACUCGUUAAGAGACCACAUUUUUGGCACUUUCUUUGCACUGUCUAGUAUUAGGGAACACUUACCAUCGUCUGUCUCUGUAUUUAAUCUGUAUUUUUCAUGUGGAAACUGCUGUCUUUUUCCAAGGGGAAUGGCUAGACAUCCCCUUCCAUUUAAACCUACACAUGAAAAUAAAUAAAGCAUUUGUGUAGCAGUUUCAGUGUAGCUGUUUUAUUGCACAGAGUCAGUAUUGAGAACUGAGUGCAUCUUUUCUGAACCUCUACAAAUCCUACCGAGUUGCACUGACGGGUAACCUAAAUUAACUUGAAAAACUACAGCUCCCAUGAGGACCUUGGAUGACACCAGGAAGCGGAUGCUAAGGUUCUAUAUCCCGCCUCCUCUCGUCUUUCUACUGGGCCAUGAAUUCCCAGCACUCACGCCGGAUGGAGCAGCGCGAUUGGCCGGGAUCGCCCAAGGGGCGUGGCCCUGGCUCUUCCGGAUACAAGGGCUGGACGAGCGAAGUCAUGUGGUUUUCUGGAGGGUUAUUUAAAAUGGCUGAGGAAGUGUCUGGGGGGGGAAAAACUCCAUUUAAAAAAAUAAAUAAAACCGUAACGCUCCAGGAAGCCGUUUUGUCCUGAGGAAGACGCUCGGAGGGAUGGGGGCUGCCGUGUUUCUCGGCUGCGUCUUCACCGCCUUCGGGCCGAGUUUCGCCCUGUUCGUGUUCACGGUGGGCGCCGAUCCGCUGCGGGUCAUCGCGCUGGUCGCGGGUAUGUUUUUUUGGCUCCUCUCUGUGCUCCUGUCCUCGGCGCUGUGGUUCACCGCAGUGCAGCUGACUGACCAGGGCGACCCCAAGCUGCAGUACCUCCUCCUCGCCACAGGGGCGGCGCUGUCCGUGCUGCUGCAGGAGCUCUCCCGCCUGACCUGCUACGUGCUGCUCAAGAAGGCGGGGGAGGGCCUGGCUGCCUCCCGACGGGGGGACCAGCGCCCCCUCUCUCCGCAGCAGACGGCGUACGUGUGCGGCCUGUCCUUCGGGAUGGCCAGCGGCGCCUUCUCCCUGGCCGGUGUGCUGGCGGCCAGCCUGGGGCCGGGCGUGCCGGGAAUCCAUGGAGACUCGGCGCACUUCUUCAUGGUGUCGGCGCUGCAGGCCCUGUGCGCGCCCCUCCUGCAUGCCUGCUGGGCCGUGGUGCUGGCCGAGGCCUGGGAGCGGCGCCGGCCCGGGGCGGGGCUGGGCGUGGUCGCCGCGCACCUGCUGGCCAGCGGGCUGAGCUUCCUGAACCCGCGGUACGAGUACAGCCUCCCUCUGCUGUCCGUCCUGACGGUGGCCAUGGCGGCGUGGGUGUGGCUGACAGUGGGCGGGGCCUGGCGCCAUCGAGGUGAGCGCUCAGUGAGGGACCAGGCAGUUCUGUACUCUGCCAUCCUGAAUGCUGUGGACCACUGAUGCAAUACCAACAGCAGCCUGAAAGGGGGCGCCACUGAGACACGUCCAACUGUGUGUGUGUGUGUGAGGGAUACCAGCCUGUGGUAGAGAACAGCAAGAGAACUGGAGAACAGAUGGGUUUGUUCAGGAAAAAUGCCCUUCCCUUCCUCUCUCUUGUCGUGUCUGGUUGCCUCUGUAUUUAUAUUUGAACCCUGGGGUGCGCUGACCUCAGUGGGAGGGGGGGGUUGGGCAAGGACUGACUUGUUUCCAUGGAAACUCCAGGCUGUGUCCUGGAUCCCUGAACCUGUGUGUGACGUGGGAUAAUUCUGUGAAAUGCCACCUAAUACAUACGUGAAUAAAAAUGGAAUAUAAGAAGAGCUGAGUUCCUGCUGAUUAAUCCACCUGUGAAUUACUGUAACAAUCAGUUGAAUCUGAG